CCCAGCCCCUCUCUGGCCAGGUCUCCUCCCCGAUGUGCGGGUGGCAGCGCCACUCCCUCCACUCCCUCCCCAGCCGCGCGCGUCUCAUUCCAGCGCCCAUUCCGUGCAUUCCUGCCGGGCUCCUCUGCAAACUCCAGCCCCGGAGGUGGGGACCGCCGCAGCUCCGCGCUCCGGCCCCUGCAGCCGUCGCUGCUGCUGGAAGACUUGGCGCCCUGCGCGGACCUCCUGCAACCGGCCGAGCGCUCCCACCCUACCUCCUGCACCCUGGGACCGGUCCAACGGGCGCUCCUCCAAGCCGAGCCUUGGAGGGCAAGGCCGGCACCAUUACCUCCAACGAGUGGAGCUCUCCGGACUCCCCCGAGGGGAGCAGCAUCUCUGGGGGCAGCCAGGCACUGGACAAGCCCAUUGACAAUGAUGCGGAGGGCGUGUGGAGUCCCGACAUUGAGCAAAGCUUCCAGGAGGCAUUGGCCAUUUACCCACCCUGUGGCCGCCGCAAAAUCAUCCUGUCGGACGAAGGCAAGAUGUAUGGUCGGAACGAGCUGAUUGCACGCUACAUCAAGCUCCGCACAGGGAAGACCCGCACCAGGAAGCAGGUCUCCAGCCACAUCCAGGUGCUUGCCCGCCGAAAAGCCCGAGAGAUCCAGGCCAAACUCAAGGACCAGGCAGCUAAGAACAAGGCCCUGCAGAGCAUGGCUGCCAUGUCGUCCGCUCAGAUCGUCUCCGCCACAGCCUUCCACAAUAAAAUGGCUCUUGCCCGGGGCCCUGGCUACCCAGCAAUCUCAGGGUUUUGGCAAGGAGCUUUGCCAGGCCAACCUGGAACAUCCCACGAUGUGAAACCUUUCUCUCAAAACGCUUAUACUGUCCAGCCUCCACUGCCUCUGCCAGGCUUUGAGUCUCCUGCAGGACCCACCCCAUCGCCCUCAGCACCGCCAGCUUCCCCAUGGCAAGGCCGCAGUGUGGCCAGUUCCAAGCUCUGGAUGUUGGAGUUCUCUGCUUUUCUGGAGCGCCGGCCAGAUCCUGACACAUACAGCAAGCACCUGUUUGUGCACAUCAGCCAGUCGAGCCCAAGCUACAAUGACCCCUACCUCGAAGCCGUGGACAUCCGCCAGAUCUAUGACAAAUUCCCAGAGAAGAAGGGUGGCCUCAAGGAGCUAUUUGAACGGGGGCCCUCCAACGCCUUCUUCCUUGUGAAGUUCUGGGCAGACCUCAACACUAACAUCGAUGAUGAGGGCAGCGCCUUCUAUGGGGUGUCCAGCCAGUACGAGAGCCUGGACAACAUGAUCAUUACUUGUUCUACUAAGGUCUGCUCCUUCGGCAAGCAAGUGGUGGAGAAAGUUGAGACAGAGUACGCUCGCUAUGAGAACGGCCACUAUCUGUACCGCAUCCACCGGUCCCCGCUCUGUGAGUACAUGAUCAACUUCAUCCACAAGCUGAAGCACUUACCCGAGAAGUACAUGAUGAACAGUGUGCUGGAGAACUUCACCAUCCUGCAGGUGGUCACCAAUCGCGACACACAGGAGACCUUGCUGUGUAUUGCGUAUGUCUUCGAAGUGUCAGCCAGCGAACACGGGGCUCAGCACCACAUCUACCGGCUGGUGAAAGAAUGACACAGACUUGCAAGAAUGAUGGUGGGGGGACAAAUCCAGGAAACGGGGACCUGGGAGGGAACCUUCAGGGAUAGUCCCCGGAAGUGCCAAGAGAGCUGAGCGGAGGAACCAACUGCCUGAUCUUGCAGUGCCCAACCCCCAAUAAACCCAAGGUGUCAAGUGUUUUCAGGGGAGCUGGUCUGACUGUGUGAGCCCAGAAGGGCAAGGGAGAAGGGGGCACCAGGAGGCAAGCUGGAAGCAAGCCCAGAAAGGCCCAAUGGUCCAGGAGCCAGAACCCCAGUGGACUCAGCCAGACACCAGAGCUCAAGACCCGGUGGCCCCUCCUCAGCGGCUGGACCCCUACACUCUGCUGCUGGCCACACUGUGGCCUAAGGACAGAUGGCAUGUGGCUCACACACCCAGAAUGCAAUGCAUGACCACGUGUACUGUCAGCCUUGCCAUGGCUGCCCGAGGAUAGCUAUAGCAGAAGGCCCCACCCCCGCUAACGGCUGGGUGAGAUUGGGUAAGAUUUACUCAGGUGGCCCUGCAGAGGCCUUGCAGGGGUCAAUAGCUCCAGGCCUAGGCAAGGCUUGGAGGUAGGGAGUCCCGCUUCAGGGCCAGCGUUUCCAGCUGCUUGUUCCUGUCAGGCUCCUCAGCUUCUCUCUUAGUCCCUUUUCCUCUCAGCGCUGGUGAGGAGGGGCUGCUGCGUCGGGGAUCUGAGUUUUAGGAAAGCUAGGGCUACAAAAAGAAACCCCGUCUCCAAAACAAAAUGAAGAAAAGAAAAAGAAAGAAAAACAAACCAAAAAGCAACAAAACAAAAAAAGUAACGGCACAAUGCCUGUUAAAUGAUCUAACUCUCUGCCCAGCCCCUUGCUUCCCUCCCUCUGGAGAGCCUGGAUCUGGCUCUCUGCUGCCCUCUCCUGGCUUUCUGGUGUCCGCUUCCCUAGUUGGAGCCAGUUUCUAGUAACCCGGAGCCUCAGGAAGAAAGAUCCAAUCUGGGCGAGUUUGUGUGUGCCCAGAACUCAGGGAUGUAUCUGUGGGGAUGCAAAAAUGGGCAGGGCAGCAUUGGGGGGAUGCUACAGGGGUGAGGAGCAAGGGAGCUGGAAUCAGUCUAGCCUGACUUUGAUGUGCAACCUGUGGUGUGUCAAUGUCAUGGUGCCUCAGUUUCCCCAUCUGUAAAAUGGGUAUAACAUUCACCUACCUCGUGUAUGAACAGUGCCUCAUGUAGUGCUGAGCACAUCCACGUAUGCAAUAAAUAGACAUUGGUACUAACCAUGGGAGCUGCAGCUCCUGCUGAGGAGCCGGAUGGGGGAGCUGUGCACUGGAGUGGGGAGGGAUCCAGAGGUCUCAGGGAAGAGGUAGCCUUUGAGGGAACAAAUUCUGAUAUUUAUUGAUGUUAUUUCUGUUUAAUUUUGGUGCCGGGGCAGAAGACCUCAGGGCUUAGCAUGGGCGGAGUGACUGUGCCAGAAAUAUACAAAUUAAGCAUAUGGGAGGAGUCUGGCUGCAUUUCAGAUAAGGAAGACAGACAAGCCACCCAGUCUUUCUGUGGCCCCCAAAUUCCUUCUCCUUAACCCAAAGAAGUUUAACUCAUACCUCUCCACCAUGCUAGGAUGGUAGCCCUACUGCACUGUGUAGAGGUCCUGCUGUCAGAGGGGGCAAGGGUCCUGGAAAGACUACUGCAUCCCUGGACCUGUGAUGAGGACUCACCCCUCACAUGCAGGCCUGUGUUUGUACAACCCUCCCCCCAUCUUACCUCCACCCCCACCCCCGUGUAUGCUGCCUGGCCACGCCGCAGCAUUCUUGAAAAGUCCCAGGCUCAGACAUUUCAGACUUCUUUGUGGACAGUGUCUUAGGUCAUGAAGGACACACAAUCUUUUUCUCUGGGAAGCAGUCAGUCCAGAUGUUGGAUCCCAGUGUGGAUCAUGAGUUUUUCCUGUGUGAACUGACCUUAGUGGCCUAACGGAGAGUCACCGUAGAAGACGGUAGUCUCAGUUGCCUCUCACUUGAGCCGGCAUGGCGUUUGACUAGGGCACCCUCACCCCCAUAGCACCAGUCUCGCUGAUGGUUCUGUGCUGGUGCCAUUGUUUAUUUAUUUAGAUGAGCUCACCCUCUCUGGUCUGGGCUACUACCUCCAGUGAUCCUCCUGCCUCAGCUUCCUGAGGAGCUGGGACUAUGGGUGCUCACCACUGUGCCCUGAAGUCCUAUUUUAAGGAUUAAGAAAGUGAGACCCUGAGAGCUUAAGGAAGUUGCUUGGGUUGUUGGUGUGUUUUCCGUUUGCUUUGUGAGUAGCUGUUUAAUUUCUGAGAUGUGGCAGGCUCUGGGAAUGUGUCCAUGAGCAAAACAGCCAGGGUGACUCUGAGCUGACUGUGGACUAAGGAAGGGGUGAUGGGACACAAGUCAAAGAGACUUGUAGGCAGUGGGAAAUGCUGGGGGGUGGGGGCACCAAGGUGAGCUUCAUAGGGGAGGCUGCCAAGGCCCAGAAUCUACAUUGACUCUUGAACCACAGUGGAUCUGAAGGAACAUUCCAAGGGAGAAUAGAGAGUCUUGGAGACAGGGAGGGGAUGGGUGUGCCCCAGGGGUACGCUGAGUAACAGAACUUGGGCAUACCCUGUCCAGCACGCCAGGUAGAUGCCAGGCAGGUGGUGUCUCUUGUGUCGCCCGCACUCCGUGUGUGGAUGUGCACUCUGGAAUUCUCACUGGGUGGGAGCAAGGCCUGGAGGUGUCAAGCAAGGGAGUGCAUUCCUUUGAUACUAUUUUUAGAGAACAGCUCUAGAGUCUGCUACAAAGGAGCAGGUGUGAUUGUUGCUCUUGAACCCACCCAGCAUGCUUCCCUGGGCAUUUGGGGGUGUUCCCACCCAGCAUGCUUCCCUGGGCAUUUGGGGGUGUUCCCACCCAGCAUGCUUCCCUGGGCAUUUGGGGGUGAUCUCAUCCAGCAAUGCUUCCCUGGGCAUUUGGGGGUGAUCUCAUCCAGCAAUGCUUCCCUGGGCAUUUGGGGGUGAUCCUAUCCAGCAAUGCUUCCCUGGGCAUUUGGGGCUGGAAACUAUUAGUUUUCUAGGUCUGUUCCAUUUGGCAGCCAUGUGAGAGAAAAGGGAGGGUAGACCAGAGAGGGUCACCUGUGUCACCAGGCCUGUGAGAUGAGGAAGGGUCUCCGAGUUCUGGGACUUGAGCGCCAACUACCCCAGGAGUGAAAACCCUCCUGGCCUUACCUAGUUAGCAGGAAAUGUCAGAAAUGGCGGUAGGGUCAGGUGAAAGGUUUUCUGCUUCACAGGGUCUGACACUCGCAGCAGAUUGUAGCAACCAAGUGUCAGAGAGUGAAAGGAAUGUGUCCUGACCAGAAAAGCAAACACAAGCGCAAAGACAGAACAAACCCCCUCAAAACUAAAACAGAACAAAAACACCCCCCUCCACACACACACACACAUACAAGGUGCCCCAGACCCACAGGUGAAGGGGCCGAGGUCUGGUCUUAUAUCCCUGGUUUGUGGGCACCCAUUCUUUCCCAGGCUGGGGUUUGAGUGCAGGAGGGCUGAGGGUAGGCUGUGACACGAGAGAGCUUUCUGAGACCUCGCCACCCAGGCACAGAAGCGAGACAACAGAACAGUCUGCUCCCCUCAGGGGUUCCACCCAGUGGCUACCUGGGUGUGGCCCCUGCUGAAAACCUCUUUUCUUUCUUAGAGCUACGGUAGUAGGGGGCAGUGGCAUCCUGGAUAAUUUAGAGGUUAGAAAGAAGAUUGCCUUUUCCUUCAAGAGUUGACUCUUUAUAGGAUGUAGCUAACUAAUAAGCUCAGCCAGGUGGCCAAGUGCACACCUUUGCUCCCCGCCCCAACACACACUCAGGAGGAGACUGAGGCCAGCAGGAAAUGCACGGUGGAACCCGAUCUCUGCAAUAAAAGUCCUUUGAGAAGUGUCUGGAACUUGGCUUUUGUAUAUUUAUCCACGGGUAAGAAAGGACAGAUGGGCACGGGCCUUCCUAGCGAGCCAGAGCCCAGGCGGUGGAAAUGUUGGUUUUUUUUACACUCACAGAUGUCUGAUAUUCGACUGUAAGGCUUUUGUAUUUUUUUCUAUGUAAACCCCCUUCAUCUCUUCAAAUCUUCAGUAAAGUCUGCUACAAACCCA